CGGUGAGCUCCAGCUGAUCUGAGGGCUUGACAAGUGCUUUCCCAGAGGACCACUCAUCGCACCCAUCGCCGUGGGGCGGUACUGCUGUUUUGCUGUCGAGUCACCUCUGUCAGGAUGGAGGAAAACGAACUGCUAUCAUGCUGAAACACGAAGGAUCCCGACCACCGAGCAUCAUCUACUGGGACCGUUAGACACGAGGCUCCGUUCACCUCGACUUUUCUAUAACGCUUUGUUAAAAUGAUGGAAGAAACCGACCGGUUCCAAGUACCUCCAGUCAACGGAGAGACGCAGCCUUUGUAUGUGCGCAUUAACGUCAAUAGGCCACGGAGCCCACUGUGUGUGUGUGUGUGUGUGUGUGUUGUCUAUGUGGUGACGUGUUAUUUGGGUCGGGGGGCUGUAGGUGCUGUGAGCCCCAUGAGCGCGUGAACAGGAGCUCUGUCCACACCGACACUGCAGACGUCCACCCCUCAGGAUGGCUAGCCCGAGCAGGCCCAUAGACCCCGCAGCAUCCUCGACCUCAGAGGCCAAUGCUGACACCAAGGGAGAGACCGUGGCCAUGAACUACAAGCCCUCCCCUCUGCAAGUCCAAAUAGAGAAACAGAGGGACCUCGCCAGGAAGGCAUCCGUGAAGAACGGCACCGUGGGAAGUCCAGUCAAUCAACAGCCCAAGAAGAAUGCCCGGACAAGGCUAGUGGUGCCAAACAAAGGCUACUCCUCUUUAGACCAGAGCCCAGAUGAGAAGCCCCUGGUAGCCCUGGACACUGACAGUGACGAUGACUUCGACAUGUCCCGAUACUCCUCAUCAGGAUACUCCUCAGCCGAGCAGAUCAACCAGGACCUCAACAUCCAGCUCCUGAAGGAUGGGUACCGGCUCGAUGAGAUCCCCGACGACGAGGACCUGGAUCUGAUCCCUCCCAAAGCGGUCAACCCCACCUGCAUGUGCUGCCAGGCUGCUCCCUCCACAGCCUGUCAAAUCCAAUAGCCCCCCCACCCCCACAGAAACCCUCCCGCCUGCCACCUGCACUGACAACGACUGAGUAGAGUGGCAGCGAGGAGGAACAACUAUCAGCUGGCAGGAAACCAUCGGUUCUUAAUGCGAAUUUGAAGAGAUGGAGACCGGUCGUGAGAGAAGAGCCACUCUGCGCGUUCCUCCUAUGGUUGGAUCUGUACAUCCUGCUUCGUUGACUGAUGGCACAAACAGGACCUCCAAGGAUUUGUCUGACUUCCAUCUCAUGCUUGUGGAUAUGCUGGCUUACGAGGACCUCGGGGGGGUUGUGCUCCAUCGUCGAACAACGGACACAAAAUCAGCUGGAACCAAAAGCUGAAAUCACCGUGACAUCACCGUGACAUCACAGUGACGUCACGGUGAUGUCACGGUGACGUCGUCCACGGAGUCGACUGCUUCCACCGGGGUGUCAUUGAAAGAGUCGGAUCGAAGGACAAGGAGAGAUUGGAAGUGUUGUAGUGGCCAUUGGUUUUCUUUCUCUUUCUGCAGUCUGCUUCGUUCUCCUGUGUGUGUGUGUGUGUGUGUGUGUGUGUGUGUGUGCACAUGACCUGUGCGUGUCUAAAUGUGUCGCUCUGACCCAUCGAGCUGCUGGUGAAACUCUAACGCUCGACGCGAUGGAGGAACUCCACAUUUCGGUUUCUAGUUUGUCAGUUACGCCUCUAUGCCGGUCGUGCUGCAUAAUCGUUUCACAUUCAGUUCAAAGGAGCUGAAAACAUAUUUUUGCAUGUUGCCUGUUAACUCUGCGUCCCGAUGGCCAGCUGGUGCAGAUGAUUCACCAGUUUGUGUCCUCUGAACACUUUGAGACACAUGAGGAGUAUUUAGGUCCUCUGUAACGUCAGACGUGCGUGCGUGCGUGCGUGCGUGCGUGCGUGCGUGCGUGCGUGCGUGCGUGCGUGCGUGCGUGCGUGCGUGCGUGCGUGCGUGCGUGCGUGCGUGCGUGCGUGCGUGCGUGCGUGCGUGCGUGCGGAGCACACGGGAAGUCACCACCAGUGAAUGUGGUCACAAAAUACUUCUACUAAUAAUAAUAAGAGAACGUGUGCAAAUACAUAGAACGUUGUGCAGUUUAGGCCCUAUGUUAGUUUUGGUCUAUAAAUUGAUUCCAUAUUGCUUGGAUGGAAAUGAUAUGGAUUAUUAGUUUUAUUGAGAAAAGAGACACACACACUUUUAGUUCUAGUGCUUUGGGGUUGAAUGGUUGUCCAUCUGCUCGUAUUCCCCUCGACCCGUCUGAUCUGGGGUCUGUACAUGUAGCACCGGACACGGCUGUGUAUUGUCGAUGCUUUAUGCCAAUGAUGUGGAGGAGGAAGAAUUUAAAGCAUCCUGGUUAUUUGUUUACAUCUCUUAAUGUCUACAGAUGAUAAAAGUCACUUGCAUGUGGAUCUGUUUCCCCCAUAACACCAAAUGCACAUUUUGACACCUGUCCAUCAUAACUUAAACAUAGAUAGACACACGCCUCUUAGAGUUAUCCAGGAAGCAUGGUCAAGAAAGACAUAUUUAUUUUAGUGAAUGAAUAAUAAGAGCUAAAAGCUACUUGGAUAUAAUUUUACUUUUUGUUUCCCUUCCGAGUCCCCUUUCUGUCAUCAUUGAUGUACUUUAUCAUACGGCCUCAAUGCAUUUGAGUGACACAAGACAACAAGCAUUAAAACAGGUGUGCCAUGUGUAGGUGAUGAAAUGUAUUUAAUAUAUCAAUACCAGAAUAGAGAGUAGAGCAGGUACAAUGUCACUCGUGAGCUACGAGUACAUGUAACAUUAACAUGUUUAACUGGACUAUGGUGCUGAUAUUAUUUAAUAUCAUCAUCCCAAUAGAUUCUCACAUGGGGAGGCGUGCUCUCCUCCAGCCCAAGGGGCGGAGCUUCACUAAUCUCCUGAGUUUAGUAUUAAUUAAUGCAUUGUAACAGAAGAUAUUUAUUUGUGUGUUUUUUUAAAUUUAUUUUUACAAGAAUGGGAAAUAUUUCACGUGCAGACAGAUUUUUUUUGUACAUUUUAUUUGUCAGGUGCUUAUUAAGAUGAUUGUGAACUGGUUCCAUUUAGAUUUUAACAGUGUCAAAGUUCUGUGUAUAGUGCAACAUAUCAAAAAAAUAAAUAUUCGAUAUCUGAAGUGUGA